CUCUGGGCGGACUUGGCCUCUUUCCGGCUUCUCCAAGCCCUUGAGAAAAACUUUAUUAACAAAGCUGCCGGAGAAUGGACAUUGGACCCAGCGAGAGGGCUGAAGCUAAGGGUGACAUGACGUUGCAGUAGACCCCAGAACUGAGACCCCAGUAUGACAGAACCUGAAACAUUGGCUUUGCUGGAAGUGAAGGGGCAAGAGGCUCCUGAGAAGAGCUCACCCCAGGUCUUGGUCCCCAAUAGCCGGCAGGCAGAAGAGGAAGGUGGGGUUGAGUCCCCCGGAACUGAAGACUCCAGAGUGGGGUCUUCAACUGGGUCUCCCACUGCUGGAGAGGGGGCUGAGGAUGGUCUAGACAGCACAGUAAGCGAGGCUGCCACCUUGCCCUGGGGGGCUGUUCCCCAGCCCAGUGCCCCAUUCCUAGAUCCCCCGGGCUGGCGGGACAUUGAGCCUGAGCCCCUUGAUUCAGAGUCACCCACCAAGCUAGAGGAGUUGCCUGAAGAUGACGCCAACUUGCUGCCUGAGAAGGUGGCCCGGGCCUUCGUGCCCAUUGACUUGCAGUGCAUUGAGCGGCAGCCCCCGGAGGACCUCGUCGUGCGCUGUGAGGCUGGGGAGGGUGAACGCCGCCGGACCUUCCUGCCCUCCCGGACCACCCACCCUGAGCCCUCUGAGCGCAAGUGGGCUGAGGCAGUGGUGAGGCCGCCUCACCGUUCCUGUGAGGGCUGUGGGAGCUGCGGGGGGCGUGAGGGGCUGAGGGCCGUGGUCUCCGUGGGAGCUGCCCUUGUCUUCUUCCCCUGCCUGCUGUAUGGAGCCUAUGCCUUCCUGCCCUUCGAUGCCCCACGGCUGCCUACCAUGAGCUCCCGCCUCAUCUACACGCUGCGCUGCGGGGUCUUUGCCACCUUUCCUAUCAUACUGGGGCUCCUGGUGUACGGGCUGAGCCUGUUGUGCUUUUCUGCCCUCCGGCCCUUUGGGGAGCCACGGCGGGAGGUGGAGAUUCACCGGCGGUACGUGGCUCAGUCGGUCCAGCUCUUCAUCCUCUACUUCUUCAACCUGGCCGUGCUUUCUACCUACCUGCCCCAAGAUACCCUCAAACUGCUCCCUCUGCUCACUGGCCUCUUCGCCAUCUCUCGGCUGAUAUACUGGCUCACCUUCGCCGUGGGCCGCUCCUUCCGAGGCUUUGGUUACGGCCUCACCUUCCUGCCCCUGAUGGCCAUGCUGAUGUGGAACCUCUACUACAUGUUCGUGGUGGAGCCCGAGCGCAUGCUUACUGCAGAGAGCCGCCUGGACUACCCUGACCACGCCCGCGCAGCCUCAGACUACAGGCCCCGCCCCUGGGGCUGAGCAGCUCCGUCCUCUGGCGCCCAGCC